UUUCACAUUUAAAGUUCAGGCUCACUUUAGUCUAAAUGUGUAAAUGUGUAAAUGUGUUAAUGUGUCUUUUUUCGGUGGACAACGUUAAUGACAUUGACUGUAUAUAUAAGGCAACAGAGGAGGUUAGCUUGAAAGGAUCGUUGUCUGUGGGCUAUUAGAUGUGACACAAAACAACUGUCAGAGGGGGAUGUGCGGUAUUGAGCCCAUCUUUUCAUGAUUCCGUGCCGUCUAUUGAGUUCAUUCGUCAGACUGCAGAAUAACCAUCGGAAAGAAUGCGGUAGCAACGUAAUGUAAUAGGCCAAUGUUAUCAGUUUGAAGUCUAGUUCCUGCCGGGAGUCGCCGCUUCGAUUCAUGGCUCCUCAAGGGAAUGGAUAAAUCUUCGACAAACUCCUUGAAUUCAAGAAGAAACUUUAAAUUACCGCCGAUUCAAGGCGCGCUACCGACCACAUUAUACGGAGAUCGGGCUUGGAAGAGCAAUAACAAGCCUUCACUAUCGACCCAUGGUUCUAUUCAACCACAUGUUCGAAUCAAGGAGUCGAUUCCAAGCCGUGACUUUCAUUCUUUACAUCAUGCAACCUUACGAAAGAGAGUCGAUCCUUUUGCGAAGAAGACGACCACACUUGCAUCGUCAAGACAACACACCGCAACAGUCGAGUUCAACUUGGGACAUGAGUUUCCAAAAUCCUAUUCGGUAUUACCGCCAAUAAGUAAAGAUACACGGACUAAAGAUAAUGAAAAUUCAUGUUUGUUAUCUGCUACUAAGAUAAAUCCAGUUAAGAGGGAAUCGAGAACGACCGAUAAGAAAUAUCAUAGCACAGCCAGUGAGCUGUUAUCAGAGCGGAGACGAGUGAGACUUUUAGAGAAGCAACAAGCACAAAAUGGUAUCGAACAGGAUCAAUGUGGCGCUAAGACCGAGUCUCGAAGCCGAACCCACAAGGAAACUGAACCUUAUGCUAAAACCUCGAAAACCGAGGAAGCAAAAGAGACUGUGAAUCGUAAACCAAGUGCUACGUACUUAUUAUAUAUCAAAAGCAAUAGAAAAGAUCGAAGAGGAGGGGUCUGUCCUGAGAAUGAAAGCGGCUUGAUAAAUGUCACAGAACAGCUCAAAGAGAUCUUUCUCAGGCGCAACAUGGAAGAAAUGUAUUUAAUCUAAAAAGCAGUUGUCCAUUCUACUAUUUUAGCUCCGACAGGUGCGAGAUGUCUUGGGUUUGAACUUUGUUUGUUCAACGACACGGGCUAUCAGUCUGUCAGUCGUAAAAACGGCUUAGAAAAUUUUGAAGUUUUGAUCUUUGUUGGUCUACUAAAGCCGCCGGAUUUUGGACACCAGAUAUUGAAAAACCUUACCGGUGGCUGACCUCUGAUUACGAGGAACCUCAUCACUGGACUGAACCAAUAUCCGACUGAUGAUCUAUCUCACUUAGGCUGGGAUAACUAACAAUAUCAAAGUAUCAUGUUCACAUACAUAUUUAUACUAUAUUAUGGAAGCAUGAGAUUGUACUGUAAAAACGAUAACCUUGAGAAAGAAUUGAUGAUAGCUCCGAUCAAUACUCUUCUCUGACUAGCUGUCAGUCAUCCAGGAUUAAACUGUGAAAAAGGCAACYGAUCUUUCACGACCAAUAAACCUAAAACUGGUUUUGCUAUCUUCUAAAGCACGAUUGAGUGAUUCACGUUUAAUAGCCUCGUAGUUACGAUGUUUUCUCUACAUUCAUCCUAAAUAAGCCGCGUUUUGGUCGCUCAUGUUCCGGUUGCCACCGUUCACGCCGUCAGACCGUCAAGUUUAAUCCUUCUUUUCCGACAUAGACCUCAUACAAAAACUGCUUAGAAAUAGAAACGCAUUACCAGUUUCUCUUCAGUGACGGAGAGAUGGUACUAACUGUUAUUUCCAAGACAAAUUACUCAAAAAGCUAACUAUAUGAAAAAACGGCACGAAAGUAUAAAGUUUUUUGUAAAUAAUAUAAAAUAAUGAUUGUGUGGGUGGGUGUUUUCUUUGUAGAUAAAACCUGUACUUAACAAACUAAAACGAAAGCCAACAACAACGAAAAGAGAAUUUUGCCGUUUUCUUCAGUCUGCCAUGAGUAACUGAUAUUCCGAAGAUUUUCACUCAUUUUAAAAAUUGAAAAAUUCAGAGUUUAGGAAAAAAGAAUAAUUGAAUAGAUGCCGAGGAGAAAAAAUAUAUAAAUUUUAUGGUAGGAAACGUGUUUUAUUUUCACAAGAAGAAAGAAAAAGAGGACUGAAUAGCUAAAUGUUCUGCUGAUUGUUUUGAAAUCAAGUCUGUUAGAUGGUUUCCUUGGCAACUACAUGGAAGGCAGCUGCGAGAAUUGGUGAUUCAUUGUAGUGAGGAAUAUAGCCUUUCAAGGAGAUAUUCUUAUAGCAUCAAAUUUACACUACGAUAGAAUGAAUAAAUAUUAAUAAAAAGAACAGUGCACUUACUUAUAGUCCUUUUCAAAUUAUAUGUUAUAAAUCACUGAGGACAUUAAAUUGGAACAAAAAUUCAAAAUACAAUAAUUAAUAGUGUCUACUAAUAACAUUUUAUAUCUAAGAACGCCGGAGAUAUUUCAUAUCUUGCAAUUCAUAAAUUAAUUAAAUAAGUCGUAAAACAGGCUGUGUUUUGUGAGAGGUUUACUCAUUACGGCACUGAAGAAAAGCACGGUGUUCAUCAAUUUUUUCAGAAAAUUCACACAAUGACAAUGAGGCAAGGAAAAGUUCAGCCACUGAUAAAAGUGGACAGAGUUUUUCAUGUAAUGAUAGGAAAAUCUAUUUGUCAAAAACAGUGAGCAAGCAGCAAUGUUUCUAAUUAUAGCAACCUCACUAAUUCACCUA